AUGAGGUAUCCAAGUGAUGUUCAUUCAACUUAUUCAAUUGAUAUUCUAGACUCAUUGUCACAAAGAAUUCUUGAUUUACAUGGAGAGGAUGGUUUAGAUAUUGUUUUGAGGGAACCAAUGGACUUGAAAAAAGAAAAUGUCAAUACUGAAGUAAAGGAGACCGUGGUUGCACUUAAUAGUGGUGGAGAGGUUUCUAAAGAGGUACUGCUCUUAGAGUUGAUUGUUUCUCAUGAGCAACUUCAACCAUCUGUUAAAUCACCACCCAAGCUUGAAUUAAAAUCACUAUCGGAGCAUCUGAAAUAUGUUUACUUGGAUAGCAAGUGGGUGAGUCCAGUUCAAGUAGUUCUUAAGAAAUCAGGCAUCACUGUGGUAAAGAAUGAUGAGGAUGAGUUAGUGCCAAAGAGAGUCCAAACAGUAAAAAAAUUGAAGGAAUCCAUGGCAUCAACACCUAUUAUCCAGCCACCGAAUUGGGAGCUACCAUUUGAAAUAAUGUGUGAUGCUAGUGAUUAUGCAGUAGGAGCGGUACUUGGGCAAAAAGCUGGUAAGGUUCCUCAUGUUAUAUACUAUGCCUCUCGGAAUCUUAAUGAUGUUCAGUUGAAUUACUCUACUACGGAGAAAGAGCUUUUAGUGCCACUAAAGAGUUACCAGGAGACCUUACACAAGCUUAAAAGAAUGAGAUUAAGCAUGAUGCAAAGUUCUACAUUUGGGAAGAGCCUUAUUUAUAGAAACAUUGCGUUGGUCAAGUCAUUUGAAGGUGUGUUCCCGAUUAUGAAUUUCAAUCUAACCCUGCUUUCUCACAUUCUCAUGCUUUUGGAGGUCAUUUUGGACCAAAAAGAACAGCCUAUAAAGUACAUGACAUCGUCUUUUAUUAACCCACAAUCUUUAAAGAUUCAUAUGCAUAUUGUAAGUUUUGAGUAUAUUCUUUUAGCGAUGGAUUAUGUGUCUAAGUGGGUGGAAGCAAAAGCAACUAAAGCGAAUAAUUCUAAAACAGUGGUUGAUUUCAUUAGAUCUAAUAUCUUUGUGAGAAUAGACACUCCAAAGGCAAUAAUUAGUGAUUGA